AUGGGCACGGCGUCAAGUCGUGUCACUGGGUUGUUCAGAAGGGAACCACCCGAAAGUCGAGAACCUGAUCCAGAUGCACUCCUCUCCUAUAGCAGCACCGUCGGCUCAUUCUUCGGCACUCACUUCUUAAUGGGUGGCGAGCGGUACGAAUUGGCAAAACCGGAAGCGUAUCUAUUCGGCGAAAAUGCGGAUUUGGACAUGCUCGGCAAUAGAGCAACUGCGUUUCCAUAUGCCCGCCAGCCAGUCACUGAUCAUGUCCGUCCGUUGAACCUCUUUGUAAAUAUCAGAAAAGAAACUGUAAAAUUUGUUCGGUUGAAAAACGAAGACGGGUCCUGGGCCGAAAAGUACCGUUUGGAAUUUGUGUUCGAUGCUGAUUGCGCAUGCGGGAUUCAAAUACACUUUGAUGCGCGAGAGGUCUACCAAAAAGAUAUCCACGAGAUGAAGUUUUUGUAUAAGUCACCGCGCCAGAAGACCACCGAGUCAUUUCUUUUCGAAGCUGGUGCUGGUCAUAACUUUAAUCAUUUCGUCUUCUCAGGAGAGGAAUUCGAUUUUUCGCAGAUGCGCUACGAAGGAGGUCAAUUAUUCCCAGUCGUGAUCGCACUUUCAACUAGUGGAGUUGAAAACGAGCAGCUUCAAUGCACGAUGUGUAGUGUCGAGAUCGCGACGGAUCAUGCUGGGGGGUUUGCCCUAAAGCCUCUUCGGCAACGCGUUGCGUGUGACGGGGUCAUUUAUUUGCUCCAGGAAAUUUUCGGACUCGAGAACAAGGAGCAUUGCGAGAAUAAUGAGGAUACUGGCUUUGAGUGUAUUAUUUGCAUGACUGAGAUACGCGACACCCUAAUCUUGCCCUGCCGUCACUUGUGCAUCUGCGCAGGCUGUGCUGAAAAUCUACGCUUCAAGCUGAAUAAUUGCCCCAUCUGUCGAUCGCCGUUCCGUGCGUUAUUGACUGUAAAAGCUUUACGACAGGCCGCCCAGCGGGUGGACACAUACAAUCGAGUGCAGCCGAGGUAUGAAUCCCUGACUAUCGUUGAGGCUUUGAAUGGGACCUUGAAUCAUCAGCCAAUUUUGGGGGAGGAGGCUUCACCAAAAUUGACCAGGAAUAACCGCGCAUCAAUGGUCCGCUCAGUAAAUGAAGUAGCCGUGGAGACAAAUGAUGGAAUCGAGUUGAAAGAAGCCACCUAUUUUGCCCAUCGACGCCCAUCUUCAGAGGGCGAUUCGACGAGCGAGCGCGAAUUGGAUUACGCGAGUGCCGAAGACACGGCGUCCAGUCGAAAUGAGGCCGUUUCGCAUCGGUCGAGCUCAUUAAGUGGAAGAGAUGUGCAAAUACAUAUCGGACAACCCUUCGCACAUAUCAUCGAACCGGAUCCAGACUCAGCCGGUGCUGGCUCUGGUGACCCCCUAGUUGGAGCAAAAGAU